AUGGUCGUGAGCGCUGCUUCCGUCGCUGCCGACCCGAGACAGAGAGCUCGGGAGCUUGAUCGGGAUGAUCCGCUCUCCUUUACACGCGGCGAGUUCGUCAUCCCUUCCAAGUCACAGAUCGCCAGCACACAUCUACCUGAUCCAGUCUCUCCGGCUGUCGUGACCGGCGAUGAUCCCAACGACUCCAGCAAAUGCAUCUAUCUCUGUGGGAACUCCUUAGGCCUGCAGCCCAAACGGACUCGUACUCGUAUUGAGCAGUUCCUCGCAACAUGGGCGACGCAGGGCGUCCAGGGACACUUCAAGCCCCUCAAGGGAUCACCUCUUCCGACCUGGGUUAAUGCCGAUGAGCGUGCCGCCGAACUUGUUGCGCCAAUUGUGGGCGCUUCCAAAUCUGAGGUGGCCGUUAUGCAGACUCUGACCACAAACAUCCACUUGCUUAUGUCUGCCUUCUAUCGCCCUGACGUUAAUGGGAAAUUCAAGAUCAUCCUGGAGAGCAAGGCAUUCCCCAGCGACCAUUUUGCUGUAGAGACUCAGCUUCGUCACCAUGGCCUUGAUCCAGCGACGUCUAUGGUGACCAUAUCCUCCAAGACUUCAUCCGAUAACGUUCUUACUACUGAGGAAAUCCUGUCGGUCAUUGAAGAGCAUGCUUCGACAACCGCUCUCCUGCUUCUCCCUGGCAUUCAGUACUAUACUGGCCAGCUUUUUGAUAUCCCUACUAUUACGGCAUUUGCCCACAAGCACGGCAUCUUCGUCAUCUGGGACCUUGCUCAUGCAGUCGGCAACGUACCCCUUUCUUUGCAUGACUGGGAUGUCGAUGCGGCUGUAUGGUGCAGUUACAAAUACCUCAACAGCGGCCCGGGUUGUAUCGGCGGGCUCUUUGUGCAUUCGCGCAACAGCACAGUCACACGUCUCAUCACGGACGAGAAACCCGAGGAGGGCUAUGUCAACCGUCUGGCUGGCUGGUGGGGCAACGACAAAGCCACCCGCUUCAUCAUGGCCAACAAGUUCCACCCUGUCAGUGGUGCUGCCGGUUUCCAAAUCAGCAACCCGAGCGUGCUUGACAUCACCAGCCUGUGUGCCUCACUUGAGGUUUUCCAUGCCGCUGGGGGGGUCGCGAAGCUGCGCGAGAAGUCUAUUCUUUUGACGGGAUUCCUUGAGGAGUUGCUUGACAGCAUGUCUGAGGAGGAUAAGGCACUGUUCCGCAUCAUUACCCCUCGCGAUCCGAAGCAGAGGGGUGCCCAACUGAGCUUAAUGUUGAAGCCAGGUCUUCUGGAGACGGUGAUGCGUGAGCUGGAAGCCCGGGGGAUCGUGGUUGAUGAGCGCAAGCCAGACGUCAUUCGUGUUGCUCCCGCGCCGUUAUACAACACAUUCGAAGACUGCGUCGAUUUUGUUGAGGGGUUGGCGGCCGCCCUUGCUGUGAGCCGAAAGUAA